AUGGUUCGCAACGUGACCGGUCCGCGAUCGGCCCUUACUUCUUUCCUCGCCGCAAAUAACAUCUCCGCCCAGCAAAUCACCCGCGAUGUAGAGCAGCGUCGUGCAGCUGCCGCUGCUUCCCUCCAGAAUCAAGCCCAGGAUGAUGACGACCGAGGUGACGACAAUGAGGAUGAGCCACAGCAGGACGGUGACGGAGACCAUCGCAUGACUAAUGCCGCCGAUGAGACGGCUGAAACAACUGCGUCCGCCGACACAUCUAUUGAUGUUGCUGCCCCGGCUACGCCUCCGCUCGCGACCGCCCGCCAGAGAGCCGCCGAAAAGAGAAAGGCUAGCAAACUAGCUGCUGAUAAGAUCAAGGCCCGUAAGGCGGCCAAGAAGGCUAAGAAGAGCGGCGUUGAUGACGGAGAUUUCUUUGGCGACCUUGCUGACCUCCUCGAUGGUCCGGUGGUUCCAGUGCCCGGUCAGCUGAACAACUGCGAGGUUUGCAGCAAACGUUUUACUGUUACACCAUACUCCAAGGCUGGCCCUGAUGGUGGACUUCUCUGUGCCGCCUGCAGCAGAAACGUGAAGAAAGGCGAUGACAAGCCGAAGAAAAAGGUCACCAAGUCGACUGGCGGGGUUGGCAGACGCCGUGCCGUCCAGAGCAACAUCAUGGACGGCAACUAUCAUCGCGGCGCCAAGAGCCUCCUGACUCUCUGCAUCAAUACUCUUGUCAAGAACCUCAGCUUGGCCGAAGAUUUGGGGGAUCUGCCUUCUCAUGUCAUCGACAAGAUCGCCCGCAGCAUCGCGAAGAGGCGUCUCCUCGAUCCCAAGACUCUGGCCCUGUUCACCCGCCCAUCCAUUGAGAUUCUCAGCAUCUACGACGGUGCCAAGCUCACUCCAGACGACUACAUUACUGUCCUUAUGGUUUGCAGUAAUCUGAGGCAAUUGAGGGUUCGGAACGGUAUCCAAUUCAGGGAUUCCGUCAUGACCUAUCUUAUGGGCCGCACCAUGAGUCUAGAAAAACUCUCGCUUCAUGGGUCCAAUCUGAUCAGCGCUGGCCACUGGACGGAGUACCUCACCAGCAAGGGUCAUGCCCUGACCACGCUUCAGGUAUACUACACCAACGAGCACUUUGGAGACGAUGUGCUAGCGUUGCUCUCCGGCUGCUGCCCAAAGCUGGAACGUCUCAAGAUCUACAGUAACCAGGAAGUCACGAGCGACGGCAUGAGAAAGCUUGGCGACAUCAAAACCCUGAAGCACAUUAGCCUUCACCUCUUGGCCCCCAUCGCCCCUAAAGCACAUGUCUCGAUCAUACGCGACCUAGGCAAGAACCUUGAAACUCUGUCAUUGAAAGCGGCCCCUGCCAUCAACGACGAAGCUCUCACUGCCAUCAAGGCCAACUGCGCCUCCCUCACUAAGUUGCGCAUCACACAGAGCGAGGCAAUCACAGAUGAGGGCUUUAGCGACCUAUUCACUGAUUGGUCUAACCCUCCGCUGAGAUUCAUCGAUUUUGACAAGGACCGUCACGUUGAUGCUGAGGACGCGGUGGAAAAUCCCAACAAAAUCGGACUCUGCGCUGACGGCUUCCGCGCCCUCAUGGCUCACUCUGGCCGUGAGCUAUGCUUCCUCUACAUAUCCAGCUGCCGCAGCAUCACGAAGCAGGCCUUCGAAGAGGUGUUUGUAGAGCAUAAGCAAUAUCCUAAGUUAGAGAUUCUCGACAUUAGCUUCUGUGGCGAGGUCGACGAUUUCGUCGUUGGCUGUGUGUUCCGAAGCUGCCCGAAACUUCGACAGCUAAAGGUCUUUGGCUGCAUGAAAGUCACCAGCCAGGUCAAGAUUCCUCGGGGCACUCUCCUGAUUGGCGUGCCCAACGCGAUGGGCGUGGAAAUUGAGGGAACUGAGUAG